AGGUGCUAAGGUGUUUUCUUUCUUUAAAUUAAUGGUGCUUCAGAAUUAUACUGGUGAAAAGAAGCCUUUUUCAGGGCUUUCUCAAUUUCCUGAAACUUCUGGCAGAAUGAUUCCGAGAAAGCGAAAGUCGAUGUUUCUUGCCUUUAUCGUCACAACCUUGUUGCUUAUUGGAAUAGGCAUGAAGUUGAAAAUGGCUGAUUUAGUACCAGUAUUGAAUGGUGCUCUUUUAAAAACUACAAGUCCACAGCAUGGAAAUACCUCUGGAAAAAAUACCUCAUCUAUCACUGUAACAAAAUGCAAACCUCACAAGCCUGACAAAAGUGGCCAGGAACAAAUUCUUAAAUUUUAUGGACGCCCAGGACAGUUGAAGGAGCCAAAGUGUGAUGAUACACAUCACCCAGAGAUCUGUUCAUACCAGUUAAUCAAGUUAAUGGAACAUCAUGUGUCUUGUGAUGUGAAAGUGUGUGGGUCUUCAGAGAUUCAAAUGGCUUCUGUGAAUCCAGAAAUGGGAAAAGCUGUAGAUGAUUGGGAAACAUUACCAAAGGAAAAAGUUACUUAUAAAGUAAAGGAGGCAGUGAAAACAAACUUGGAAAGAGGAUUUCAUUUCUUGUUCCUUAGAUGUGGAGGUAUUUUUCAAGCCUUGAGUUUUCCUCCUAUCUUCCAGAAAAAUGAAAAUGAUGAAGAUAGAGGAGCUAUUAAUGUAAAUAUUAUCAUGUUGGACUCUAUCUCAAGACCACACUUCUAUCGAACUUUGCCAAAAGCCACAGAGGCUUUGAAGAAGAUUAGUGAAGAUUCUGCAAUCAAGGCCAUGUUCCUGGACUUUGAACUUGUUCAAAGCAUUGGUCAACAAACUUUUGAAAACUUAAGACCAUUCUUUUGUGGUGUUCUGAAAGAUGACAAUGAAGUAAGUGUAUCUGGAAAGAAUACAAAGGCUCCUUUGGGUGUGGAAGUGCUAUAUGGAGCCUUCAAAAAGUGGGGCUACCAGACGUUCUUUCAAGAGGACCUUUGUUGGUACGAUAUAUGGGGGAGUGUGUUAACGGAUAUUGAAAGGAGAGCAAUGCCUAAAACAAAUUCUGAAUACCGAACGAGGUGGAAAGAAUUUCAGGAGAAGAGGGAACAAAAGAUGGUGGACCUCCUGGGGAUCACGCAUUUUUCCUGCACUGUGUUGAACAGAAUUGGAAGGACCAAUCACUAUGACAGUCCUCAGAAAAUUUGUCUUAAUGGACAGUUUUACAGUUGGUACUUCUUCGACUACAUAAGAAAGGUGUAUACUGCCUUAGAAAACAACAGAAAAGCUAAACCAUUGGUGUCGUACAUGCAUUUCAACACGGGACAUGAGAUGACAGGGAAACGAAUGAUCAACAUGGAUGCCAGCAUGGCAAAGUUUUUCAUUGAUAUGGCCUUGUUCCCAAACACUUUGACUGUGAUUUUUUCAGACCAUGGUCACAAAAUGACUCCAUUCAGUUACACUGAAGAGGGAAGGAGAGAGUUAUUUGAUCCAGUGUUCUUCAUGAUUGUCCCUGAUGGUGUUAAGGAAAAACUGGGACCCGAAAGGAUGGGAUCCUUGGUAACAAACCAGAAGCGCAUCUUUAUGUUGUACGAUGUUCACAAAGCACUCAUGAGUUUGCACGAUUCUCAGAAAAAGGACUCUAAGGAUUAUUCAGUUUCAGGAAUAUUUUCAGAAAUCCCGGCCAAUCGCACUUGUGCAGACUUGUACAUGCUUCCCUUAACAAGAUGCAAAUGUGAAGGUUUUGAUGAAGCAAUUCCUGUAAAGGAUAAUGCAGACGAUACAAAGUGGUUGGCAGAAUUUGCUGUGGGAUAUAUUAAUGAUGCUAUUCAAAAGCAACACAUGGACGGAAGUGGUGACUCAAAGUAUGGCUAUGGAAACUGCCAGCGCUUAGUUGGAAAAUCAUUUGAAAAGGUCGUCAAACGAUUUCGAGGAGAAUACAUCUUGACCACGAUGGACAUUCACGUGUUCCCUCCAGCCGGAUUCACAGAGGAUGAAGUUUAUCGAGUCUCUGUCAAACAGUAUGCCAAACCAAAGCAAGGAGUAUCUUUCCUUAGUUCUAUCCGGCAAACGAUGUACAACAAGUUUGCCUCAUGUGCAGAUAAGUCCGUGAAUAUCAAGCUCUGUGCAUGCGCCAUAGAGCAAAACACUGAUGACACUAAGAAAGAUUUGUUGUUUGAUAAUGGAGUUCCUCGCAAAAUGUUUGGUUCGGACACAAUUGUGAAAGACUUGGAUUCAAACUGUCUGUUAUUCUUGCGACGGAAUUUUGGGACGUUUUCAUUUGGGUUAGAAAUUGCAAAUGUUUGCACAAGUCGAACUUAUAAAUUUGAACUAACAGGCUCUAUGGAUCAAAGGAUAUUCUCUAGGACUUUGCCUAUCAAGCGAGAGUUACUCCCAAGGUCAUUUUAUUUUUUGACCUCGGUGUACAAAUACCUCUCAAAAGUAAACGAGCCGUUAGGAUUGAAGGCAAGUGUGAAGGUUAAGAAGGAUGGAUCAAACACUUUCAACAACUUAGGGAUCGUUAGUGUGUCAUGACAGAUACAAUGGUGUUGUGUAGUUGGUGGUUUAUUCGGAGUGAUGUAUUAAUUUAUUUUGGAUUUGUAAAGAGAAGGCCUACUCUGGUACCUUAAGCAGCCUUAAGUCGCCUCAAGUUCUUACUCCUGAUGAAUACCCAAACGCUUAAAAAAAUUUGUAAAAGAGUAUCCAGAAAGUUGAUAAGGCAGAGGAAGAUGAGGUGUUGGGGGUUUUACAGUUAUGAACGUCUCUUUGUGUUGACUGAAUCUAAGGACGGAUAAUGAGAAACUGAGGAGGAUUUGGGGAUGAACAAGCUGUGAAGCAAUGUAUUUAAUACAUCUGAGUGAAAGAAUAAAAUUUUAAUGUUGA